ACCCAAACGGGACGAACGCGUAUUUCGGUCGCUCUUCCAAAAACAGUGCAAGUACCGUCAUCCUUCUACAUUAUCAGUGCAACAACACCAUGUCGGAAGUGAAAACCUACUCGCUGGCGGAGGUGAAAUCCCACAACACCAACAAAUCGACCUGGAUCGUGAUUCACAACGAUAUCUUCGACGUGACGGAGUUCCUGAACGAGCAUCCUGGUGGAGAGGAAGUGUUGCUAGAACAGGCUGGCAAGGAAGCGACAGAAGCAUUCGAAGAUGUAGGCCACAGCAGCGAUGCCCGCGAAAUGAUGAAGAAGUUUAAGGUGGGCGAACUGAUCGCUUCCGAACGCAAACAAAUCCCAGUAAAGAAAGAACCGGACUGGAAAUCAGAGCAACAGGAUGAUAAUCAACUGAAGCAAUGGAUAGUGCCACUUAUCCUGGGCCUCCUCGCAACCAUUCUCUAUCGGUUCUACUUCACCCAGUAAGAGGGUAGCUACAUUUCCAAGUACAUAUUAAGUGGAUGAAAGUUGAAUGAAUCGUGUGACACAAAGUAGAGGAAGAAAAAGCAGAAAAUACCAUCUGGGAACUGGAAAUAGAGGAUUGUUCAUUCCAAAACAACACGAGGGCUACUUCUGAUGCUGUUGCGAGUUGGAUGUGUUGGAAAGCAAAAGAAAAAUGCCAGAGAAGAAAUGUAAGUCAUGCACACACAGCUCUUAUGAUAGUUUCACUUAGGAAUCGCAAUACUGCAACAAUUUGAGGAAGAACAAACUAGCCUUUUGAGGAACAUCCCUUCAGUGAGGAUUCAGAGUACAUAGUAGCAUUUCAGAACAAGGAACCAACAAAAAAACUGGGUAAAAAAUCUAAACAAAGGCCAAGCAUAUUUAGAAGCGUAAUUAAUUUCACUAUAAAACAUACUAUCAAAACUAUUCAAAUCUGUGAGCCAAUUUUGAACGGAAACCAUCCAUACAACCGAUCGAGCGACGAUCGUGUUCGGUCGCGCAACGUGAGUUGUGCGGUGAUUAUGAAUCAGCAUAUAAGUUCGCAAUCGAAAGGAAAAUCCGAUAUUCCUUACGAUCGGUAGAUAAUGUACCUCUUUUUUUCUAUGAAAAGUAGGAUACCAAAGUUUCAUCGACUGCCUUACAUACAAAGAGAAGGAACGAGCGGCGAAGUAAACCAGGUAUAGAGAGAGCCAUCGGCAUUAAAACAAGAAUAUUGUUAUUUGCGAUUACCUUUACAUUGCUAGAGAACGCUAACAAUCCAAACGCAAAUGCUCGUUUUGGCGGAAAUUCGUUUUGUUUUUGUUUUGUAGCAGAAAAGUGGCCAAGUGUAGCGAUAGGCGGGUGUGCAUUCAUCGGUACUUUUUACUACUCUAGUGCGUGAAUUGUUCCGUAAACAUUAUACAUGUUAGGUUAAAUGUUUUUACUGUUAAAAUGUAACGUUGGGUGUAAGGGUGCCUAUCCUUCCACGAUCACGAUCACACUAAUGUCACGGCAUACGGUUUGUUUUAUUAUUUCAACUAUGGGAAAGGUUUAAUGCUGUGUUUUUUUUAUUUUAACGAUGAAGCUUUUUUGUAAAUCUUUUCUAUGUGUCUAGUAAAAUGGGGCGAACGUAACGCAAUAAAACGAAAAUUUAUACACAUACGA